UAAAUAUUUGUCAAACUUUUGCAUAAUGGACAAAUACAACAAAAUUAAUUACGCCCACAUGAACAAAGAUGCGAAGCGAUCAUCCAGAAUGCCGAGCAGACCAGGAGCGGAGACGGCAGCCUUACCAAAUGCUGGUAAUUCGACCCAGAUACUUUAUGUUGAGCCGAACUUCACGGAAACUCCUAGUGAGUAUGACGUGUUCUAUGAUUGCUUUAGCGAUGUUGAAAUAAAUCAGCCAAGCGUUGUUGUGUAUUCCAAGAGUGGGCCAACUGCUCCACCGCCGGUAAAAGAUUCUCGAAUGUUUCGCGAUGCGUUAAAACAAGUGAUCAAUACGGCCCAAAUGCUCCUGGUCGAGUUCGAGGGUAGUGGUCGCAGGGAGCGCAGGGGGUGCGGUUCGCGUUGUAAAUGUGAUGUGCGCAACAUGAAACCCCAGUCCCGCACAGUCCAGCUGGAGGUUACCGCCAAGGUAGCGGAAGGCAAAUCGAACGUCUCGCCAAAUAUUCGUAUUGAUCCGAUUUUAUUUACAAUUCCUCUAAAAUUACACCUGCAAGGACAUGGACAGGGCCAAAGGAAAGGACAAGGACAACGUCAGCACAACUUUCCCUAUUCGGAGUCCCAGCAAUCAUAUGAAAUCAGGAAGCAUAUAGCAGUGCAAGAUAACGACCAGAUGGCCAAAAUGUUUGCGUCGAUGGAACCAAUACGCACAGACACUAUAGUGGCGCCACGCCCGGAAGUGAGCAGCAUACCCAUGGAAGGACCUGCACCAGCAUUUAAUUUUCAUGCGGAUUUGUUGCAGCAAAUGGCAGCCAUGCAGCCUGGUUUCCUUCCAUUGCCUUUACAAGUCCCCCACGACUCUGUCAUGCAAGUACCGGCUGCUCAUGUGGUUGCGUCAAAAGUGCAAAUAGAAGUACCGGCAUCGGCACCCCUGACGACUGAAGGUACACCUGAAGUACCUACCGCUUCCACUGCGUCGAAACGAACGAUCGAGAUACAGCAAACUCCCGUUACUCAAGGACCGUUCGUGGCCACAAUAGCAGCGUCUUCGGUGCCAUCUGUGGGUGCUUCGUUAUCGGAAACAGCUAGCCAAGGUGUGUGUGUUUUAUGUGGGCGCAGGGGGGAGCAUUCACAUAUGCAGCCGGAAUCGACUAAGAAACCUCCGUGUGGUAUUUGUUCGCCACAGCCAACUCAACCGCCACAAACAAGCGAAUUACCAGCGGUGCCGCCGUUAAAGGGACCGAGUGGAAAGUCUACAAAAACAGAGAAUUCGCUGGUGGUACUUGUUCCACCAGUUCACCAAUCAGUUGAAUUAGAUGUCCCAAAAGAUGGCACACCUGUUGAGAGUCCCGGAGACAAAGGUCCUGGCGCGGUUUGUUCAAGGGGCAUGGCAAAAGCAGGAAAAUCUCCACAUGGAGUUUGUUCAAGAGGAGCCGCCCCGCCAAUCGAAACAGAAGUGGGUCCUUGUGGUAUUUGCACUAGAGGAAAGACCCCAGCCGUUAGUUCCAGAGGCGAAGCCACAGCCGACCUCUGUAAAAUUUGCAACAAAUAUCGUGCUCCAAAAGAACCACCAAAAUUAGGAGCUUGUGGCAUUUGCAGCAAACCAACGUCUUCAAUGCCAAUGCACCCGGAAGUGCCCAUAGAGCCAGUCAAACCCAAAUAUUUCAAAGCCUUGCCUCAGCAUAAAGACAUCCACAUCUGCUCGCCGUGUCGCUACGAUCCGAGUCCACUGAUCGAUGCCGAAGGAAAUGUUUUCUGUCCUCACAACUGCGGGUGCUGCUUAUGUCCUUGGCGUAAGCGAGCCACAGAUAGCCAAAUCGAUCAAAUCAAGCAUGAAAAAAUCAAGGUGUGCAAGUGUCGCUUGAAGGGCUCUAUAUUUGUUGACUACCACUCGCGGGCUAAAUGCACUAACACGUCUAACUUCGAUUUUUGCCCCUGCCGCGAAAGAGCCGAGGCAAAAUAUUUGGAAAUGACUGGUGAGGAAAUGUGGAGCACCGAUAAUAAAUUGACGGAGCGCAUACGAGGUGAACCAGUGAAUUUGGAGGAUGUUGUCGAACACGACCGAGGGGGUACAACAUAAGUUGUAACAGUUGUUGUCUGUCGCCUUUAAAGGGCAAUUGUCUACAAAAGCAAAAAAAACAAAAAACAUUUAUAUAGUAACUGUAACUGUAAAAUUAAAAACAAAGAACUAAAAUCUAAUUGUAAACGUGACGUUAAGUAAACUAAUCGAAAAAAGAAGUUUGGAAUUUACAAAUCAGUUAUUUUAAUUCGGAAGAGUUUUUCGAAUGCGCUCUCUGCAGGGAAACUGUAUUGGAAAACUUCACUAUGAAGGAAAUGUUCUACAACUAAGUGAUACGUACCAAUCGCUUUCUU